AUGGUUAACGUACUCAUUGCAAUUACUUCUUACAAUGAAGUUUUUCACCCAACUGGCGAAAAGACUGGACUCUACUAUACCGAAGCAAUCCACCCAUUUGAAAAGUUACAUGCUGCUGGUUACAAUGUUCAAUUCGCCUCGGAAACCGGUAAAUGGGGUUAUGAUGAACACUCUAUCAAGAAGGAGUCCUUGAGUGCAGAAGACUACGAAACCUUAACAAAUGAACAAUCCGAGUUCAACAGGACAUUGAAAAAUGUCAAGAAGGCUUCAGAGCUUGACUCUAAGGACUAUGACAUCUUUUUCGCCGCUGGUGGUCAUGGUACCGUAUUUGAUUUCCCAACUGCAAAGGAUUUACAAAGUAUUGCCGCCGAUGUUUACGCUAAAGGAGGAAUAGUUGCUGCUGUCUGUCACGGGCCAGCUAUUUUUGAAGGUUUGCUCGAUAAGACUACAGGUAAACCAUUGAUUGAAGGUAAGAAAGUUACUGGAUUCACUGAUGAAGGAGAAAAGCUUUUGAAUCUCGACGGUGUUUUUGCUUCCAAGAACCUCAAAACCGUGAGGGUAGUAGCAGAAGAAUCUAAAGCCAUCUAUGUUAGCCCCGAAGGUCCAUGGGAUGACUUUACAGUGACAGAUAGCAGAAUUGUCACUGGAGCCAAUCCCCAAUCUGCUGCAUCUAUUGGAGCAGAAAUUGUUAAGGCUUUCAACGCAUUAUAA